CCACGUGUUAAUUAAAUCGCGCUUGAACACUGCAGGGAAUAAAUGAAUGAUUCAUUCCGUUCGACACUCUCUUCGUGUUGCUCGAAUUUUUUACCAUUUUACGCGAACGAAAAUUUAGACGAAAAUGGUGUUCAUUGCUGACGAUAUCAAAUGUAAAAGAGAGAAAUUAAGCAAGCCUAAGAGUAUUCUUCGAAAUGGAAAAUUUUACCAGCAACCGGAAAGACAACGUCCCAUAGUGUAUGUGCGACCUUACCAAAAACCGACCCAGAAGAUUGAAUCGUAUACGACGUACGGUUUGUCUUAUACGAAAUUCGACAGCACUCCAAGAAUGAGAGUCAGUUUUGGGAAGUACGAGAAGAUGCUGGCUCAGAAACCCGGUAAAAUCGACUUUGACACGGUGUACAAGUUUUCUUAUCAACCCGCGACUGGGCAUCUGCGGAAACCUUUCAUUCCCAAGGAGAAUCUGGCCAUACACGGAGUCCACGAUAUGGCCACGACUCAGAAAUUGUCUUACAUGAAUCCAGGUUACGUGAAAACGAAAUCUUAUGCGCCGUACAGAGGAAGGACUGAACUUCCUAUACCCAUGGAAUACAAAACGGUGAUGAAGGAAUCCUAUCAAGAUUUUGGCAAGCACAUCGAGGUGAAAAGGCCGCGUAAACGGGAAUUCUGGCAGACUAAGUUCAAAACGGACUAUCAAACCACGAGUAAGCUGUCUUAUCAAUACGUGGAACCUCUUCGUAAGAGGAUUCGCGUGCCCUACAAGCCGACUGUCAGGGCUAAAAUUGAGAAUGAAACCGUGUACAGUACGAGUUAUCAGGUUCCUGGUAAUUUCGUGAUCGAAGACAUUUCUGUGACAUAGUAAUACACUCAGCAG